AUGGUCGAGUUCGAUUCGAAUCCUAGUUGGAGACUUUCAUCAGUUCCAUUAAGUGGUAUUAAUUAUGUAGCAUGGUCUAGAGCUAUUACUUUGUCGCUUGGUGGCAAGAAAAAAUUUGGUUUCGUUAAUGGUGAUAAAAAGUGUCCUCAAAAUACUGAUUCGGGAUAUGACGAUUGGAUAUCCAAUGAUCAACUUGUUCGAUCAUGGUUACUCAAUUUGAUGGAAACUCAUAUUGCCGAAAUUUUCACUUUUUCUAAUUCGGCAAAAGAACUGUGGGAUUCAAUCGCUGAAUUAUAUGGGAACCAAAAUAAUGCUGCCCGUAUUUUUGAACUCACUCUUGAAAUUGCUCCAGCCCAACAAGGUGAAAAAACCUUUAGUGAACACCUUGGGAAUUUAAAAAAUUUGUGGGAUGAAUUGAACCUAUAUCGUCCACAUACCACUGAUGCCAAAACUCUUUUAAAACGAGCUGAGGAGGAUAAAAUUUUCUCACUACUUAGUAGCCUGAAGCCUGAGUAUGAAUACAUAAGGAGCAACCUUCUGAUGGAUGCCACAUUACCCACCCUUGUUGGUGUUUGUGCUACUAUUCAGCGAGAGGAAACUCGAAUUGAAUCUAAUGUCCUUUUGGCUGAAAAGGAUGAUAAAAGAAAGCCUCAUUUUUCCGACAAAAACAGGAAUGUUUCUUGUUACAAGGGUAAGAAGGAACUCUAUCAAUGUGAUCACUGCAAGAAAAUUGGGCAUACUAAGGAUCGUUGCUGGGAAUUACAUCCACAUCUCAAAUGUGAAUAUAAGGGUCAGAAGGAUCAUGCUGCUAUAGUCGAUACACCUUUUUCAAUCAAUCAGUUGGGUCAUCUUCUUCAACAACUCAGUAAGACUAUCUCUUCUGGCAAUAGUCUGUCCACUUCCACUCAUGUGUCAAGUAAACUUCAUGCUUAUCUUACUUCCCAUUCCAAAAUUAAUUCUUGGAUUAUUGAUUCCGGAGCUACUGAUCAUAUGGCCAAUAGUCCUUCUUUAGUAAUCAAUUUUAUUCCGAAAACUGAUAAGCAUGACAUUUCUGUUGCAAAUGGAACUACUGUUCCUGCCUUAGGAAGUGGUAAAAUUAGUUUCUUUUCUCAUAGUGCUUCAUCUGAUGCUCUAGUUGUUCCAUCCUUUCCUGUUCAACUUAUGUCUGUUGGAAAAAUUACUAAUUCUUUAAAUUGUGAUGUCAUUUUUUCUCCAAAAUCUGUCAUCUUUCAGGAUCGAAAGUCGAAGAAGACGAUUGGUAAAGGAACAUACUCACAUGGACUUUAUUUUCUAAACUCCCUCAAUAAGGCUUGUCAUGCCAGUGGUGUAAUUGAAAGUCACACUUUACAUAAACGACCUGGACAUCCAUUCAACCGUAUCUUGUCAAGACUUUGUCCCUCUACUUCUGUUGAUUUUGAUGUUUGUGACAUUUGUCAGUUUUCUAAACAAAUGCGUUUACCUUUUGUUAAUUCAUCUUCUAUGUCUAUUGAGUUGUUUGAAUUAGUUCACUCCGACUUAUGGGGACCUGCGCCUAUUGAUUCUUAUGAUGGAUAUAAAUAUUUUGUGUUGUUCAUUGAUGAUUUUUCUCGUGCUACCUGGUCUGAUAAUGGUACCGAAUAUGCUAAAGGAUCUUUUUCAGAAUAUCUUCGAAGCCAAGGCAUUAUUCAUCAAACAAGUUGUGUUGGAACUCCACAACAAAAUGGGGUAGCCGAAAGAAAGAAUCGACACAUCCUGGAAACCGCACGGGCCCUUAUGUUUCAAAUGAAGGUUCCAAAACAAUAUUGGUCUCAUGGUGUAUUGACCGCUGCAUAUUUGAUCAACCAACUUCCCAGCCGAGUUAUUGAGUUCAAGUCACCAUUGGAGAUACUAAAAAAUGGGACACCUGACAUCUCACAAUUGAGGUUCGUAAAAGGAAAUGUAAUGUUCUCUAAAGAAUUAUCCUUCUGGUGUGCUUGUUUAUUUGCAAUUGAAAAAGAAGAUAUACAUCGAUGCCUAAAUUUUUUGUUGCUGAAGCAUGAUGGUGUUUGUGCUGACCACUACAGAAUAAAGCUUUUUAUAUAG